AUGCAUUCUCUCUAUACAGGUACUACCAUCAUGGCCAUGAAGUUUAAGGAUGGAGUGGUACUCGGAGCUGAUUCGAGGACUAGCACUGGUGGUUAUGUUGCUAACAGAGUGAGCCGUAAGGUCACUCGUCUCCACGAUAGGAUCUUCGUUUGCCGCAGUGGAUCAGCUGCUGACACUCAGUUCCUGAGCUCGAAAGUGAAAUAUUUCCUCAAUGCACAUGCGAACGAUCUGCCUUUGGAUCGUCUGCCCAAGGUGAAGACAGCUGCCAAUCUGAUGAGAUUGCUGGCCUACAACAACAAACAAUACCUAACAGCUGGGCUCAUCGUAGCUGGGUGGGACCAGACCGAGGGGCCUCAGGUGUACUCUAUACCCCUUGGUGGUACUAUCAUCAAGCAAAAUAUCGCUACUGGAGGCUCCGGAUCGACCUACAUCACUGGUUUGGUCGAUCACCUAUACCGUCCUGAUAUGAGCAGGGAGGAAGCUGAGGAUUUCGUGGCAAAGGCAGUGGCUCAUGCUAUGGCUCGCGAUGGAUCAUCUGGAGGAGUUAUUCGUGUUACUACUGUAACCGAGAAGGACGUAGCUGAGAAGUGCCUAUAUGCUGAUAAAAUACCGUAA